AUGACUGAUCCAGCAUACAGCAACAAGCUUUUAGCGCGUCUUUUCGAUCACGCCAAGCAGUACACCAAUGAUAGACGCUGGGCGGUCUACGUCAGGUACAUCAACGCAGGCCUCGAGGAGCUCGGCAAGGAACGUGUCCAUCUCGUUGGAAGUACGGGCGAAAAUCUAAAUCUACGAUCAACGAGUGAUCACGGAGACGUGGACUUUCUCCUGGUAUCAGGUACACUAGAAGUUCAUCUCGAUAACAUCGAGUAUCGUCCUGGAACACCUCUGUACCUGUGGAUCCGGGGUAAGGGUCUGGACAUGCGCUACUGUGGAACACUCGUGGAGGACACGUAUCUGUCCGCGGACAUGCUGCGUACUGUCCAUCCGAUGCUGUUUACUAUGAUACGGGCUCUUUGCACCAUUGUCACUGCCCCGCUUCAGUAUGUUCCUGGGCGAUAUUUGAUCCAUACUUCGAUAGGUAUGCCUUCCAGAGUAGGAAUAGCAUUAACUUUAUUCCGUCAGUUGAAAAUAGAGGACACAUAUUCCUUGCGUAUGGAUCCUAAUGCUGAAGAGAUAAGGCAAAAAGAAGUGGAAUCAACGCUUAAACGACGGCAAAAGAGUGUACAGAUGCAAGACAACGAUGCAAAAUUAUUAAGGCGCUUGCAGAAAAUGGUUUCAUUUUCAAUAACACCUUCAACGAGAGGCGAACAUCAUGGACGGCAUGGUUUGUUGGCCACAAUUCUCGACGAGGCAUUGCGGCAAAGUUCUACUGUUAACCAAUCAGAAGUGGAUUGCGAUUCGGAAACGGAAACUGUUUUUAACGAUGUGUCCGAUGAGCAUGAUAACGAAUGUAUUGGUAAAGUCAAAUCCACCUACGAUGAUAUUGCUGGGAAAGAUUUCGUUCCAGCACUACGAAUAGUUGAUAAAUUGCCAUGCAUUGAGAACUUCUGCAGACGAGUUAAAAGUUCAAAUUGGCCUCCGAGAACUAUUAUCAACGACAUAGACAACUGCGAUUUGUUUAUUAUUGCUCGCGAUGCUCCUUUGAACCCAUCAAAGGAAAAUGAUUUCUGUCUGUUUAAUCUGGCCGAAAUCAUGUUGAACCAAAACCUGGGUGUACAUACUAAUGAAAGCCUAUCUCAAAGCAAUUUUCAAGAAAACGUUCGACUCGAUUGGCCGAAUUAAUCCCAUUAAAUCGUACUACAUGAAAACUUCAAGAUUUUUGACAUGCUAAAUUUAUGCCGACAGACAAUGCUGGGAGGACACAUCUAGAAUUUAAUCCAGUAUUUUUGAAGGAGUUCAGAUCGUCCUCAUGUUCCUUCUUGAUAAUGUUAACGCUAAGAAAUUGCCACAUUAUUUCACAGAGAGUAAUCUCUUUGACGGGGUUGCCGAUCUGGACCUAGACAUAGCCAGAAAGUGCAUCUAUGAGAUACUGGCAGAUCCUUUUGAAAAAGUGCAGGAUUUCUUUGACGUAAAGAGCGAACACAAACGUGAGGUUUUGCUUGAUCACGGGGCGGCAGGGCGUAUUUAUCACUGAAAAGAAACGGUGGAAGGAGAGAAUUCAUCAACCGUCUUGACGAUUCACGUUUUGAUAUGGCAAAAGCAUUUAACGACGCCAAUUGCAACCCAUCCGGUGAGUCGAUUGUGAAGAAGAUUGUGCUACGUGUUGCUGAUACAUUUUUUGAGGAACAGAAACACAGAGCAAGCCCCAAGAAUGGUGAAUGUGUGGGUCAACGCGAUUUUUCAAAAAAAAAACUAAAGCAGGCACUUAAACUGUUGAAUAAUUUGGUU